UAAACUAAAAUACGUCACUAUACUGCGUCAAGUAGUUACUGGUUUACUUUGGGUCCGGAAUCGCAGUCACUUGUUGCUUAUGGUCAUCGGUCUGUAUAUGUUUAUUUACGUGUAAUUUAGUGAACGCGAUCUGCAGACUUCAUCCGUUUCUCAUCGGUAUUUCAGCUUAGGGAGGUUUAUCAACCAACCGCCAAACUGACGGAAGCUGCGGGACACCGGCCCGAUUCUGAGGCCGGUAUUAUGGCAAAAUACUAUGAAGGGGUAGAAUUCCCAUUUUGCGAUGAAGUAUCUAAAUAUGAGAGAAUGGCUAAAAUUGGUCAGGGUACGUUUGGGGAGGUGUUUAAAGCAAAACAUAGACAAACUGGUAAAAAAGUGGCUCUGAAAAAGGUUCUGAUGGAAAAUGAAAAAGAAGGGUUUCCUAUCACAGCUCUAAGAGAGAUUAAAAUUCUUCAGCUUCUGAAACAUGAGAAUGUUGUGAACCUAAUUGAGAUAUGCAGGACAAAAGAUUCCCGCCUGGAGAAACGUCCGAGUACGCUCCCUGAGCAGAGGGAGAAGGAAACGAAGGCUCUCCAGCGAGAUACAAGAACUACGAAUACAGAGCCUUGGCUUAGUGUUUCAAGUCAGUACAAUCGCUACAAGGGAAGCAUCUUCUUAGUUUUCGACUUCUGUGAACAUGACCUUGCUGGACUUCUUAGUAAUGCAAAUGUGAAAUUCACACUGGCAGAGAUAAAGAAAGUAAUGCAGAUGCUGCUAAAUGGACUCUACUACAUUCACAGAAAUAAGAUUUUGCAUCGUGAUAUGAAGGCAGCAAAUGUUUUGAUCACACGGGAUGGAGUUCUGAAACUAGCUGACUUUGGAUUGGCUCGUGCUUUUAGUCUGGCUAAGAAUUGCCAGCCAAAUCAUUACACUAAUAGAGUGGUGACAUUAUGGUACCGCCCUCCAGAGCUGCUGUUGGGAGAGCGGGACUAUGGCCCUCCCAUCGAUCUUUGGGGUGCUGGUUGCAUCAUGGCUGAAAUGUGGACUAGGAGCCCUAUCAUGCAGGGAAACACAGAACAGCAUCAGCUAACACUUAUCAGUCAGCUUUGUGGCUCCAUCACACCAGAGGUCUGGCCAAAUGUGGAUAAGUAUGAAUUAUACCAGAAACUUGAAUUACCUAAAGGACAGAAGCGAAAGGUGAAAGAUCGCUUGAAGGCAUAUGUUAAAGACCCUUAUGCUCUGGACCUCAUUGAUAAACUUCUAGUACUUGAUCCAUCUCAAAGAACAGAUAGUGACGAUGCCUUGAACCAUGACUUUUUUUGGAGUGACCCCAUGCCUUCUGAUCUCAAAAACAUGUUGUCAGCACACAAUCAGUCCAUGUUUGAAUACUUGGCUCCACCUAGAAGAAGAGGUGGUCACAUACCACAGCAGGCUGUUAAUCAGGCUAGGAAUCCUGCAGCAGCCAAUCAGACUGAAUUUGACAGAGUGUUCUGAAGAUUUUCUUUAUGGCUGCAGCAUUCGAAAGAAACAUCAUAUUAAUAGCGCUCAAGUGAAACUUGGGUGAAUCCCUUUUUGUUUUAAAUCAUCUUAAAGUACAUUAAUGUUCAUCAGUGCUUUGCAGUUGUAUCAGCAAUUGUAUGCAAAACAGUUAACCAUUUGUUUUACUUUGAUAUGUAAUUUCGAAAGGAAUAACAGCUUAAAGUUUACAAAUUAACCAACACAUACUUGUGUUGACCUGCAGGAAGUGAAAAUGACUGCCAGUACUUCUGAAUUAUUGCCACCUCCUCACUUGAUUGUAGUCUUCUUAAUUUUUAUUUAAUGUGUAAAAAAAAACAUACUGUAGUUGCUGCCGGAUUCCUUUUGUAAUUUAAUUUUAUACAAGUGACUGCGCAUAAUUAAAUACCUUCAAAAUAAUGCAUGGUUUGCAGGAUCACUGGCGAUUACUUCAGGUGCUAAAUAAAGAACUGGAAGAACAGUC